CGUGUACAAUUCAACUCGUUUUGUUGAAAAGAAUUCUCGUGAAAAUGUUUUCGAAACUUUUCCACGUUUGAAACCACCGAAAUGGUAUUUGGUAUAUAUAUAGAGUGAAGCGGAGGACGGUUUUGGCAAUUACCCAAAAGCUAGAAGGUCCGGUUACUGAUUUCUCCAUGUUACUUUCGACUUGGAAAGAUUUGUUACUGUUGGGUCCCAAGAGAAAAUUUUCAUCUCAGUUUCAAUCCCAUUGCGGAUCCCGUUACUCUCGAGCUAGAUUUGCUGGAGGAUAGGAGUGUCAAAAUUGAACCGAAAAUUAUCCAUUUUCUUGAUAUAAUAAUUUACAUAGUCUCCGUUUUAUCACUUAUCAGAAAAACGAUACCGAAAAAUAAUGGGGCACCCAAACGGUUCGGAUUUCCGGCAAACGCCCGGUUGGAAGGUCAAUCUGUGUUGAUACUUGAGACAAAAUUCACUCUCCUCAUCCACAAAAACUAAACUGAUCUCCUCGUAAGGCAAAUCUAAAGCGCAAAUGGGCACGCCUCAUGGGUCAACUUGAAGAACCAUUCUUGUGCUCUUGAGCUCUCAUCUUCGCUUCACCGUUCGGCUCUCUCUCUCAGUCUGAAGGGAACUUGCCGUCCUGGGUGAUUGGAUACCCAACAAGGAUGAAAUCAGCGAGAAUCAUUGAGGUCUGUAGAAUGGGCAUCGUCAACUACUUGGAUGCACUCAAGCUCCAAGAAAGACUAAUUGCUGCUAGAAAGAGUCAUAAAAUUCCAGACACAUUAUUAUCUUUGCAACAUCCUCCCACUUAUACCCUUGGGAAAAGAAGGACGGAUCAUAAUUUGCUAGUCCCUGAGUCAGACCUUGGAAAGAUGGGAGCUAAACUUUACUACACUCAAAGAGGCGGAGACGUUACAUUUCAUGGUCCGCAUCAAGCCAUCUUGUACCCCAUCAUUUCUCUCCGUGAUAUUGGUCUUGGUGCUCGGAAAUAUGUGGAAAAACUUGAGUUGACUAUGAUUGAAUUAGCAUCUCUGUAUGGCGUGAGGGCUUGCCCAGGAAAAUCAGGUGAGACUGGGGUUUGGGUUAGUGAUAGAAAGAUUGGUGCCAUUGGGGUUCGUAUAUCAAACGGAAUCACCUCUCAUGGGCUGGCAUUCAACAUUAAUCCUGAUUUGAACUACUUUAAGCAUAUUGUCCCUUGUGGCAUUGAGGAUAAAGAUGUCACGUCAUUAAAGAGGGAGACUGACAUGGUGCUUCCCACAGAAGAAGCGAUUGAGGAUCAGCUAAUUUCUUGUUUUGUGACCCAAUUUGGGUAUACUAGCAUUGUAUGGAAGGACGAAGAAUCUUUAUUAUGUGGUGAUGAGGGGGAUACUAGAUGAAGGGUCAUAAAAACCCUUUCGAUUCAUGUAAACUAACAACCUUAUACCAACGAGACAGAAUUUCCAUUGAUUUAUUCCCAGGAAAAAAGAGUAUGAUUCUUUUGAUUCAUCAUGAAAUAGGUGCUGUUGCUGGUGGAUAUAGUUACAUUUGAGGUACCUUUUUUCUACUAAUUUGUCGUGCCUGAUGUUCUUUUGGUUUGUCUAUUUAGAAUGGAAACUGAUUAGCUCUUCAACAA